GUUAAUAUUUGUUGUUUUAAACAUUGCAGUCAAAUGAUUUUUAAACAAUCAAAAAAUGCCUUCUGUCCGACCGCUGGUGACUGUGGUGCGGGCCGGGCGGCAUAGCUAUUCAGCAGGACUACAGCUACAGCAACGUCUGGCGAGGUCCAACCAGAUCCUGCAUCCGCCAGCGGAGUUCCGAAACUACCUGGUGCUUCAGGAGCACGACCCGGUCUACACAGUCGGACUGAGGACAAAGGACUAUACGGCGCAGGAUGAAGACCGACUUCGCCGGCUAGGAGCAGACUUCCAUCGCACAGAUCGCGGUGGCUUAAUCACAUUUCACGGCCCCGGCCAGUUGGUGGCCUAUCCCAUUCUGCACCUGGGCCAGUUCAUGCCGAGCAUCCGCUGGUACGUGGCGACGUUGGAGCGGAUGGUUGUCGAGGCCUGCCACCAGAUGGGCAUUCCCAGUGCCAAGGCUACCAAGGACACCGGUAUCUGGGUGGGUGACAACAAGAUCUGUGCCAUCGGUAUCCACGGCUCGCGUUACGUCACCACGCAUGGAAUCGGCCUCAAUUGCUGCACGGAUCUGCAGUGGUUCGAGCACAUUGUGCCCUGCGGAAUCGAAGGCAAGGGGGUCACCUCGCUCAGCAAAGAGCUGGGCAGACAUUUCCCUGUCGAGGAGGCCAGUGGCGCACUCCUCAAUAGUUUCGCUAAAGUUUUCGAAUGCCGACUUCAGGAACAGGCCACAAUUCCAGCAAGUGCUGCUGAAAUCUGUUAAUAUGGUUAUUUUGAUACAUAUUACGUAUAAAGCACCGCCAAGGUAAUUUCAACAUCUAUAAAUUAAGAACGCAUAAAUACAAAUUUGCUGGCCUUGUGUUAUCUCAACCUUAACGAAAUGGAAAUGUGUAAACUAGAUUCAAGUAUUGCAUAAAAUAUUAAAAUAAUAAUAUAACUAUAUACAUA